UGUGAUUAAAAGUAUAACAUUUAAUAUUAAACAGUCAUCUAAUGACUCAAUACUUGUUUCAAUUCAAACAAUAAGUCACACAUUGUUUGACACAUUGUUUGAAACAAUUUCAAUGAUUUUAUAUAUAAUUGUUGACUCUUUCAAGUGUUUAAAGUGAUAAUCACUACAAACAGAUCCAUCAAAUGAAACGCAGAGCAAGUGUUUCGCCACCCAUUCGUCAAAAUUUGCCGUUUGAUGGCCAACACUAUGCAAUGAAUGAGCAGUCAAUGGCCAACCAUCGGUCGUAUCCGACAAUGAAUGGACAACCACUUAGACAUCCAAUGGGUGUGAAUCUGAUGCCAAAUAUGGGAAAUCAAAGACAUUUCACUCCAAGAAGCAGUUAUUUGGGUCAACGAAAUAUGACGCCAGUAUUCAAUACAUCAUUGAUGACCACUUCGGCUCAAAAUUUAAGUUAUAAUUACAAUCCAAACGAUUCACUGACUCCGACCCGUGACAGUCGUGGACAGGCCUAUGAUAUGAUGGCCAAAGCGAACCAACCCGUAUAUAUGACACCCGAAACUAAUGAUACUUCAAAACAAAAGAAUGUUUGGGAUGGAGUGAUUCCAUGUGAUUACACUGUGGAACAGCUCCAAGAUAUCUUAAAAUCGGCUAAUAAAGAGACCGAUGAAUCCAUUGACACGACAACUACUAAUGAAUCUAAAGAUGAUAUCAAUGUAUUGGUCAUCAAAUUAAGUGAAACGAGAGAUAAAGAAGAAAUGAUUAAAAAGCAAAGAAAUGAUACCGAAAAUAAAAUCGAAGAAUUGGAUAACAAAUUGAAAGAGUUUGAGAAUUUGAUAAAUUUUAGGGAAAAUCUUAAGAAAUUGAAGAAAUCAUUGGUUGCUGAAGAAGAAGAAAUUGGUAAGAAGACUAAUGAAUUAAUUUUAGCCAUUAAAGACCUAACGAACAACAAAACGUCUAAAAGAGCUGACAGUCCAAAACCGUCUUCGAGUAACAAUACAAUCUCAUCUAAACCAUUGAGCAGACCUUCAAGUGAUAGUGAUAUCACUAAUAUGCAAAAGGAUAAGUCUAAUGAUAAUGAAUCUAUUAUUUAUAAACCAACUAUUAAAAGAUCAAACAAUUUUGGAUCUAAUAGUACUAAUAUUAAGAAAACACGAUUUACCACUGAUUGUGUAUCAAAGACUUCUAAAACAGGUACCAAUAAUACACCGACUAAUAAGUCCAUUAAGACAACUAAUGUUAAGCUAACUCCACAUCCCAUAAAACACAGCACUAAUACUUCAAAUCCAUUGCUGUCUUCACCAAAAGUUAAUCGCAUUUGUAGACAACCGAUAGCACAAAAUACUUUUAAAAAUUCAGUCACAAGUGGUGUCCGAACAUCUCGACCCGUAAGGACACCCUGUGGUCGAGGAGUUCGUAACACUGAUAAUAGCGAAUCUUCAAACAAAACGACACAAAAUGUUAAAAAAUCUGAUGAUAGAAGUAGUGUUGAAUCUGAAUCAACACCUUUACCACAAACCAAUGAUGAAGAGGAGGAUCUAUCUGAUAGUGAAGUGUUUAAUGUUUUAUCGAAAAAAAUUGAUUUGGAUAUUAUUGGUAAGGAAACUCAUAAUAAACAGACAACUGUUACUGAAAGUGAUGCCAUUGAUCGACAAAAUAAUGAAAUAAAUGAUAAACAAUUAAGAGAAGAUACAACUAUUAACACUAAAUUGAUAGACACAAACAAAGAUGACAAUACUAUUUGUAAUAAUGAGUCAAAUGAUGUUGAAUUGGUUACCAUUGAUAGUGAUGAUGAAAAUAUACCACAAAUUGAACCCAUGAUUUCAGUAAAGAAAGAGAGAGAAGACGCCACAAAAGAGUCGAUUGCUAGUUCCGAAUCCAAUGCAAAUAGUUUGAAUAAAGACACGUCUGGUGAUAGAUCAACAGUUUGUGAACAAACUGAACAAAAUGUUAUACCAAAUGAAAGCACAAGUAGUUCAUCGUCACCAACAAAGAAACAAAUAAAAUAUUGUGGUUUUGAAAACAUUAUAUACGAACCAACAGUUACUUACACUAAUGGAUUAAUCAAAUCAAAAUCAGGACCUAAAUCCAAAAGUAUUAGUAUUAUAGUAAUGAAAUCAUUUAAGGACUAUUUGAUUGUGUCGUUUAUGGAUUCUUCGGUCUUAAGAUACCGUAUUGACGACAAGUCUAAUAUUAUGGCCUAUAAAGGUCAUGAAGAAAUUGUGUUUUCAAUGAUUAUCAUAGAGUGUACCAAACAAGACAACACAUAUUUGUUGUAUACCGGCUCUAAAGAUAAGAAGUUACGGGCAUUUAAUGUCGAGACCGGUAUUUUAAUCAAUACUCUUGAAAUGGACGAUCAAAUUACUUGCAUUGACUACAAGUGGUCUCAUAUAUUUUGUGGCUUAAGUAGUGGUGUUGUCGUUAAAUUAUCUCCAAUUCAUGAAAUUGAUGAACAAUCAUCAGCUGAUCGCCAAUGGAAAACAUUUGUUGUUAACUCAGGAAAACGUAUUUAUGAUAUGGUUUGUGUUAAACCAAUCUUUACUAUCGAUAAUACAAUUAUAGAACCCAUUAUUACUGUCACUCAAAAUAAACUUCGAGUCUUAAAUACAAGUGAUUCAAUUGAAAACAAUGAAAGAAUUCUUACUUCUUUGAGUGUCAAUAUGAACCCUCCUAUUGUUAUGAAAGUAUUAUCCAAUCAUUUAUUUGUUUCUUAUUCGAUGCCAAAAGUCAAGAAUGAAGACAAGAAUAACAAAUUAGACAAUAAGUCGAAAAUAAAUGUUUACGAUUUGAAUCAGACAUGGAAUGUCCUAAAAAAUAUUGAAAUGAUUGGUCGCAUUCAUUGUUUGCAAGUAAUCAAAGAUUAUGUCAUAGCGAGCAGUCAUUUGGGCAAAAUUUUUUGCAUCGAUGGCACAAAACUUAACCUAAAGUGGCGAUCAUCUGGAAGAAGGAUUACGGCAUUCGUUCAGAUUGAAGACCGGCUUAUAUAUGGCACUGAAGAUGGAUGUAUUGAAGUGAUAUAUCUCUAUCAAUCACCAUCUGAUUGUGACACCUGUGGCAUCACAUUUGCCCGAGAAGUAGAUCUUAAAGAACACGUUAGAAUUGAACAUGAAGUCAAUGAAGAAAAUAAUGAUAAUACUGAUAAUUAAUGUAUUUAUUGUAAUAUAUAAAAAAUAAUAAUAAGAUAACAUAUCAAUCAUUAUAUUUAU